CAGCUCUCUCGCUCUGUACAGGCGCAGUGUGUGCAGCGUGUGCAGCUCGGCUGGCCUCCCCUCCGCACUGAAUGGACUAGAUUCCCAGCCACGUAAGAAGCACAGCGGCACCACGGGAGAGAGGAUGUCCUGCUGAAUCAAGGGAUAGGCCUGGGAAAGUCGGCCGGCCGUCCCUUCCUUCCUUCCAGCACCUUAAAGCAGCAGACAUAAUAGACAGACGACACUUUUCUUCCGUAGGACUGGACCAAGAGAAAGAGAGAGGACGUCGACUCCUGCACACAAAGAGCUACGGCAGUUUUUUUUUUCCGGAUGGGGUUUCUCCUUAUGUGGUAGAUGACAAUCGCCGUGCAUGGAUAUGAUCCUGGGGAACAAGGCCGUGCACUGACCUGGUACUAGUUAGCCAAGCAAGCUAACUAGUUAGCUCUGCACCUGCUAGCCAUCAUUUGUCUGUCACAUUUUGGCUGAAAACCGCCGCUGUAAUUAGCUUGCAAAACUUGCUUUAUACAUUUUGCUUGUGCUUUUUUUUUUCUAUGCCUGUAAGCUAUCUUCAACAAAUUGUUUCCGUUUUAUGAAACGUGCCAUACCAUUAACCGGUAAGAUAAGCUAGCAAACAAGCUGCGGGUUAACUUAGCACUCUUCAUUCAUUGUAAAAGCUGACUUUUGGUAGCCUUUGUUGCAGUUUAGACGUGCCUGUUCGCACUGCACGCGUGAAUGAAAUUGCAGCAGGUCUGUGCAAAGGGUUUUCCGUCGACGUGGGGCCAUAAUUCUGUUAUUUUUGCCUGGCCUUAUCUCCUAAAUGGAAAACAAAGUGGGGUAAAUGAACAGUUGAACUGCAGCAAAAUUACAGACCCCGUUUUGUCUUAUGAAUAUCUACGAGCCAGCAGCUUAGCCUGUUGAUAGUCUGCCAUUGCCAGCAGCAGGCUGCAGUUAAAUCAGUUCUUCAUCUUUUUUUGUUUUUUUACUUUGUUCAAGAAUUGUUCAAGAAGUGUCGGACGAUUUGUGACAUUGCACUGAGUUUACAACAAAGUGGUGCCCUAAUCAAGAAGAAGAAGGAGGAGGAAGCCCCCCCACCCCCCGGUACUGUGGAGUUAUCACACUUAUUCCUCAUGAACAUACAGAGGUCAAAUCCAAUUAACAUUUCACGUUAUGGGAGAUCGCGGCACAAAUCGCACGAUUUCGAAGAAUUAUCUUGCUUAAGGACUACAGAGUCGCACCAGAGUUUCAGUCCCAACCUCGGGUCCCCCAGCCCGCCGGAGACGCCGGACUCCUCACACUGUAUCUCCCACAUCGGGGACUACCUUUUGUUGGAGCCACUGGAGGGAGAUCACGUAUUCAGAGCCGCCCACCUGCACAGCGGGGAAGAGCUCGUAUGUAAGGUUUUUGACAUUGGCCGAUACCAGGAGUCACUGGCGGCCUACUUUGCCCUGGGCCAGCACCAGCAUAUUAACCAAAUCCUGGAGAUCUUGCUAGGGGAGGCGCGAGCUUAUGUGUUCUUUGAGAGAAGCUAUGGCGACAUGCACUCUUUUGUCCGCACCUGCAAAAAAUUGCGGGAGGAUGAAGCUGCCAGACUCUUCUAUCAGAUAGCCUCGGCUGUGGCACAUUGCCACGACAACGGACUGGUCCUCCGUGACCUCAAACUGAGGAAGUUUGUGUUCAAGAAUGAGGACAGAAGCCUUGUGAAGCUGGAGAGCCUUGAGGACACGUAUAUCCUAGACGGUCAUGAUGAUUCCCUGUCAGACAAGCAUGGCUGCCCAGCCUAUGUAAGUCCCGAGAUCCUCAAUGCCAACGGCAGCUAUUCGGGGAAGGCAGCUGACGUCUGGAGUCUGGGCGUCAUGCUGUAUACCAUCCUCGUGGGGCGCUACCCCUUCCAUGACGUUGAGCCCGGCUCUCUGUUCAGCAAGAUCCGCAGGGGUCACUUCAACAUCCCUGAAACGCUCACACCCAAGGCCAAGUGCCUGAUCCGCUCCAUCCUCCGCCGGGAACCCUCAGAGCGCCUCACCUCUCGGGAGAUACUGGAGCACCCCUGGUUCGCCUCCUCCGGGGCGCUCGGGGGCGCUGCAGUGCACGGCAGAGGAGAAAGAGAGCAGGAGCAGACGGUGCCUGAGGUGAACAUGGAGGAGGAGCUGGAGCAGUUCUUCAGCUGAGCAAACACCAAGCACAAACGGACGACUCCACCACGGUCAGCUCGCCACGCUCACAGCGGAGCCAAAAACAGUAGUUUAGAGAUUAAUAGGUGAACAUUUGUCACUCAUAAUAAAGGUGUUUCCAUCCUGUUUCCUUUUCCAUCAUUUCAUGGAAAACCUUGAGCCUGGCAUGACAAAUGGCAUCUAUACUUCACCCGGCGAUGCACCUCCCAUUCGGGGGAGGAUGCUGGCGCCGGACAUGCAAGUUGCAAACAAUGUAGCAAAUGUUCUUUUUGGAUCUGUUUCAUUUAAUGUGGUGCUCAUAAAAGUAGACACAUUCACCAUUUUUGACACUAUGGAAAGCAUGAAGGGACAUAAGAACACAGGAAACCAAGGAGAACAAUUCAAAACUGAACUGCAACACCACACGUUUUCUUAAAGAGUUUUUGUUUUUUGUUUUUUCGUCAUCGCUUCAGGUGGUACCAAUUUUAACCACAGACCCAGGGUCAGAAAUCACAAUCCCAAGCUCUGUUGUUAAACUGAAACAAGGUAAUUGUCCCUGACCCGGGAUCAUUGGUUAAGAAGUGGAGCAGCUUAGGCUUUUUUUUCCCCCUCAUUGUCUAAUCAUCAUCAUCAUCAACAUGUUUGACCUCGACUUUGUUUCAAGUUAAGUUUUAAGCUUUGUUGUCUCUCAUUUGUCUCAGUUUUACAUUAUGGAAGUUCUGACAGUCACUAAACUCCUCGACGGCCUUGUUUUCAGUAAUUUGUAUGUCUCUGUCUCCUCGGCCUCUUAAACCUUUACCACACUUCACUCACCACCACCCUUUCAUUUUUCGGUAACAUUUCUUUUUAUAAACCAUCAUUUAUUUUUGUUGUCGUUUUGUUUUUAAGCUAUUCCAGUCUGUUGUUACUGCUGCUUUAAUAUCACUCCUCCUAAACCUCAAUCUUCAACCGUUUUCUUGGUAAACCUCCAAACAUGGCGUCAUGCACUUGAUGUGUUCGGUGAAUGGACGAUUCCACCUCUUAAAAUUAGCUUCCUCUUAUUUAAAUUCAUCCUUCAGUUGUAGGAACGAGAAAGUAACAUUUAUUUAAAUUGUAACAGCUAUAUAUAAAUAUAUAUAAAUAAAUAGAAAUAUAUAUAUUUAAAACUACAUUGCAGGGUUUUUCUUUAUUCAGAGAUUCCUUUUUCAUGUAUGACGUAGGCAAUAUCUUGACACAGGACAGGCGCAAAGAGGAAAUGUCUGUCUGAAGUUUUAGAAUACACAAUAUCUUCUGUGCCAGUAUUCCUGUGCCCCAACAGCCCAUGCCACCAAGUCUCCCCCAUUUCUUUUUAAAAACUUGAUACGAGUGAUAGUAUUGCUAUGACAUGCUCACUCCAGGACCUCAUGUUAGUUUUCUACUGCCUGCUUAGGUUCUGUGAAACGAUCAUGCUCGGAAUGGGUACCAGUGGACAUGUUUUGUCGUAUCUCAAUGUUACUUGAAUUUGUGUUUUUAUCUAGUCAUUGGCAUGUGCCCCAUGAAUGCUAUAGCCUGCCGAA